AUGGCAGCGCCAAAAGGUCCUCCACCACCUGCUCAGUCGUUCAAUUUAAUUCCAAAAAUUAUCAAUGGCGGUAUCGCGGGUAUUGUGGGUGUCUCCAUAGUGUUUCCAUUGGAUUUAGUAAAGACAAGACUUCAGAAUCAAACGAUCGGUCCAAAUGGAGAGAGGCAAUAUAAAAACAUGUUAGAUUGCUUCAAGCAGACAUACCGAGCAGAAGGCUAUUUCGGCAUGUACCGAGGGUCUGGUGUCAAUAUCCUGCUGAUCACUCCAGAGAAAGCUAUUAAACUGGCUGCUAAUGACUUUUUCCGCUUCCAUUUGUCCAAGCCAGAUGGAACCAUACCGAUCCCAAAUCAAAUGCUUGCUGGUGGUUCAGCUGGGGCGUGUCAGAUUAUCAUCACCACGCCUAUGGAGCUCUUAAAAAUCCAAAUGCAGGACGCUGGUCGAGUUGCAGCACAAAUCAAAGCCGCGGGCGGUAAAGUGGGUAAGCGUGUCACAGCCUGGGAACUAACCAGAAAAUUAGUGGCUGAAAAAGGUAUUUUGGGGUUGUACAAGGGCGUCACGGCGACAGCGGCUCGAGACAUCUCCUUCAGUGUAGUCUACUUCCCUUCAUUCGCAAUCCUAAGCAAACUGGGUAUUCGGAACCCACAAGACUUAACACCACCAUUCUGGUGGUCGUUCCUUUCGGGCUGUAUGGCGGGAUCUGGCGCGGCUUUGGCCGUCAAUCCCAUGGACGUGGUUAAGACCCGCAUGCAAACACUCACUAAAGGCAGCGGCGAACGGCAAUAUUCGGGGAUCGUGGAUUGCAUUACGUCCACGCUGCGGCACGAGGGUCCGACUGCGUUCUUCAAGGGCGGCGCUUGCCGUAUGAUCGUAAUCGCUCCUCUGUUCGGUAUCGCGCAGACGGUCUACUACCUCGGCAUCGCGGAGUACUUGCUAGGGUACAAUCGCAGCAAAUCUGUCUGA